AUGGAACAUAAUUGUUUCGAUUUUAAUUAUUUUGAAGGCGAAACUAGUUUAGAUAUUUUACAAAAGUAUUUCUGCUCAUGUACCGGAAAAUGUUCUACGAAAAAUUGUAAUUGUAUUUCCUAUAAUUUAGAAUGCUGCGCAGUAUGUACAUGUACACCAAAGAAUUGUAAAAAUGUUAAAGACGACUUUAUUGAAGACAAUGAAAUCAGCUUAUUAGAUGGAAAUCCUGUUGCUGUUGACGAAAAUUUUCAAAUUAUUGACAAUGAAAACGAUGCAAACAAAGGGGUUCUUCCUGAUAACAAAACCCUUUCUGUAGAAUUCGGCAAAAUGAACGAGCUCAAAAAGUACAUGAAACGAGUUAUGCCGUUCGUCCAAGCUACUAGAGAUAAAAUUGAGCAACUAGGAGUGAAAGCUUUAGCCCUAACGCUGGAGUUUGACGAAGCUGCUGUGCUUAAGACCAACAGUGCAUACCUAGCGUAUACUUUGGAUCUCGAAGAAGUUAUCAUUAAGUAUACUGAUGACCCAGAAGCAACGGAUAAGAUGAAAGAGUGCUGCCCAGGCUCUCCGUUCGUACUGUUUUCUGCAAAACCAGGUAUUAAAUUAGAAUUUAUAAAUCCUGUUCCACAGAAUGGACUGUUUUCAAAAGUGUUGACUGUUAGUGACGGAGAUACUUACGAAAAAGUUGUGCAAAGACUCGCCAAAGAUAGUAAAGCUAUGAAAAAACCAGAAUCUAUUCAGCUAUGGAGGUUUGAAGAUCCAGUUCUAGGACCCACAAAAAUACCAGCGUUCAAUGAACCAACUAAGAAUAAGAUUCAAGUAUCACCUGAUAGUGUCUUCAAGAUUGACGAAUCGAAACUUAAACUGUUAUUAGGAAAAGAAACUGUUGAUGUAGGAAGCCAAAUAACUUAUUUAGUUGUAUAA